AUGUACUCGUCAUCAGCAGCGACAAAAGCGAAGCGGAGGACGCACCAGCGGCCCGAACUCACGGACGAGCAGAAGCAGGAGAUCAAGGAGGCGUUCGAGCUGUUCGACACAGACAAGGACGGGUGCGUCGACUACCACGAGCUCAAGGUCGCGAUGCGCGCUCUCGGGUUCGACCUCAAGAAGGCGGAGGUGUUGAAGAUUCUGCGGGACCACGACAAAACGGGACACGGGCUGAUGGACUUCGAGGAUUUCGCGAAAAUUAUGAGCGAGCGGAUACUGGCGAGAGAUCCGAUGGAAGAGAUCCGGAGGGCGUUCCAGCUCUUCGACGACGACAAUACAGGCAAAAUCAGCCUGCGGAACUUGCGCAGAGUAGCGAAGGAGAUUGGUGACCGGCUAGAGGACGAUGAGCUGCAAGCCAUGAUUGACGAGUUUGACCUCGACCAAGACGGUGAAAUAAACGAACAAGAAUUCUUCGCCAUAAUGACCGAUGACGCGUGA